CAUUUUUGUAACAUUCGGCGAAGAUAGUCCAAACACCCCGACGAGAUUGACUUAAAUUUGGAUUGUGAAGAGCGAAGAUAGUCUUACGAAUGUUCACAACCAACCAUGUUCGUUUUCAACUGUCCGCUGAAAUGAACCUCCUUAAACCCUACCGGAAAACUCUUCAGUUCUCCACCCUCACCUCCUUGCCGCCACCACCGACGGCGCCUGAUGUUCAUCUUGUCGGAAAAGCCAUCACCAUCCUCAAACGCCACCAUUUAAUCAACCUAGAUCCCCUAUCGUCCCAAUUUACACCUCAAUCAGCUUCUUAUUUACUCCUGCAAGCUCAAUCUGACAAAACCCUAAUCCUAUCAUUCAUCAAUUGGGCUCGCCGGCGUCCCUUCUUUGAUCUUCAAUGUAGCUGCCUCUCUCUUCACAUACUCACCAGAUUCAAGCUCUAUAAAACAGCUCAAAUCAUCGCCGAAGACGUAGCCAUUAACUCCCCUGGUGAUGAAAAUGGAGAAUUAGUUUUCACAUGCCUUAAAGAUACAUACUCCGACUGCACUUCAAGCUCUGCCGUCAUCGAUUUGUUGGUGUAUUGUCGUAUAACUCUGUUCUCGAUGCGAUUAUUCGGUCUAGCGAGCCGAUUAAAGGAUUUGGAAAAGGGUCUAGAGUUCUUCGCUGAAAUGCAGAAAAAUGGUUGCUUGCCUAAUGUUGUUACUUACAACACAUUAAUCGAUGCUUAUUGUAAAUCAAGGAAACUUGAUGAUGCAUUCAAGCUGUUCAAGACAAUGACUAAUAAAGAUUUAGAGCCGAAUUUGAUUUCUUAUAAUGUCAUACUUAACGGAUUAGCUCGAGAAUGGAGGAUGAAUGAAACAGAUGAAGUUCUUGAAGAGAUGAAACACAAAAGAAUCAUCCCUGAUGAAGUCACUUAUAAUACUCUUGUGAAUGGGUACUGUAAAGAAGCAUGUGUAAAGCUCGAAAUCUACACAGGGCUAUGGAAUUAUUAG